AUGGAAGCGUUCAAGGCCCAUGUGCUGUCGCUCAUCCGCAGCGGCAGCAGCUAUGCCCAGCCAUACCUUGACCAUGUCCCGAAGCUUCUUCUGCAAGGCAGCGUCGCCGUACUCGUACUCAUCCUCUCCGUCCUCUUCUUCCGCGCCUCUCAAGCCUCCGCUGCUGGCCGUCCCCGGCGCUACAUCGUCGAUCCUCCGACCCCCAAGUCCUCCUCCUCCUCCUCCUCCUCCUCGACCAAGCCCGCCGCCGUCAACUCCUCCCACAUUGCCUGCUACGCGCCCGCUACAGGCCAGUUCCUCGGCAACGUCCCCGAGGCAUCAACCGCCGACAUUGACACCGCCAUUGCCGCAGCGGCCAAGGCCCAGCGCGCAUGGAGCACCACCACGUUUGCGCAGCGCAAGGCCGUGCUGCGCUCCAUGAUGCAGCACGUCAUGGACCACGCCGAGCAGAUUUGCCGCGUGGCCGGGCUCGACAGCGGCAAGACGCUCGUCGACGCGCAGCUCGGCGAGAUCAUGGUCACGGUGGAGCGCCUGCAGUGGACGCUGCUGCACGGCGAAAAGGCGCUGCGCCCGGAGCGCCGCCCGACGAACCUGCUCAUGAUGUACAAGCGCAACACGGUGCGCUACGAGCCCAUGGGCGUCGUCGCGGCGCUUGUCAGCUGGAACUACCCGUUCCACAACAUGCUCGGACCCAUCAUCAGCGCCAUCUUUGCGGGCAACGGCGUUGUGGUCAAGGUCUCGGAACAGACGGCGUGGUCGAGUGCCUACUUCACAAACAUUGCGAGGGGCGCGUUGGCGGCGCAUGGUUUUGACACCGACUUGGUGCAGACGUUUGCGUGCUGGCCCAAGGAGGCUGAAUACCUGACGUCGCAUACUGGCAUCUCGCACAUUACCUUUAUCGGCAGCCAGUCUGUCGCGCACCACGUCGCUGCGUCGGCGGCCAAGGCUCUCACACCCGUCGUGGCCGAACUCGGCGGCAAGGACCCCUUCAUCAUCCUCGACUCGGCCAAAAAGGACCUCCCACGCAUCGCGGAAGUGAUUCUCCGCGGCACGUUCCAGGCCGCGGGACAAAACUGCAUCGGCAUCGAGCGCGUAAUCGCGUCCGGCCAGGUCUACGACAAGCUCGUCGACAUGCUCGCGCCCCGCGUCCGGGCCAUCCGUCUAGGCCCCGACGCCGACAUGGGCGCCAUGAUCUCGUCCGCCUCGUUUGAUCGCCUCGAGGGCCUGGUGCAAGCCGCCGUCGCUCAGGGCGCCCGUCUGCUCGCUGGCGGAAAGCGCCACGUCCACCCCGACUACCCCGACGCCACGUACUUUGAGCCCACGAUGCUUGCCGACGUGACGCCCGACAUGGACAUUGCCUGCCAGGAAUGCUUCGCGCCUGUCCUGACCCUCAUGCGCGCCGAGGCCUCGACGGCCGACGCCAUGCUCGCCAUCGCCAAUGCGCCCAGCUUUGGUCUCGGCGCCUCGGUCCACGGCUCUGAGCGUGACCCGGCCAUGGAGCCCAUCAUUCGCGGCCUCAAGGCUGGCAUGGUGGCUGUCAACGAUUUCGCCGUCUACUACGCCGUGCAGCUACCGUUUGGCGGCGUUCGUGGCUCCGGAUAUGGCCGGUUCGCCGGCCAAGAGGGUCUGCGCGGCCUGUGUAAUAUCAAGAGCGUAUGCGAAGACAGGUUCGGAUGGCUGGGCAUCAGAACGGCAAUUCCUCCGCCGAUCCAAUAUCCUGUGCCGAAUCAGAGGCACAGCUGGCGAUUUGCGCACGGAGUCGUGCAAGUUGGCUACGGAGGGGGCCCGACAAAGGUCAAUGGCCUGACGUCCAUGCUGAAAAACAUGUAA